GACCCCACCACCACUUCUCCAGUGCCGCUCUGGGCCCCACCCAUUCGGACUGCGCAGCCAUGCUGCGCCUGCUGGCUCUCUUCCUGCACUGCCUCCCGCUGGUCUCUGGGGACUAUGACAUCUGCAAAUCCUGGGUGACCACAGAUGAGGGCCCCACCUGGGAAUUCUAUGCCUGCCAGCCCAAGGUGAUGCGCCUGAAGGAUUAUGUCAAGGUCAAAGUGGAGCCCUCAGGCAUCACGUGCGGAGACCCCCCUGAAAGGUUCUGUUCCCAUGAGAACCCCUACCUGUGCAGUAAUGAGUGUGAUGCCUCCAAUCCCGACCUGGCCCACCCGCCCCGGCUUAUGUUUGACAGGGAAGAUGAGGGACUGGCUACCUACUGGCAAAGCGUCACGUGGAGUCGCUACCCCAGUCCACUAGAGGCCAACAUCACCCUCUCAUGGAACAAGAGCGUGGAGUUGACAGACGACGUGGUGGUGACUUUUGAGUAUGGCCGGCCCACGGUCAUGGUCCUCGAGAAGUCCCUGGACAAUGGCCGCACCUGGCAGCCCUACCAGUUCUAUGCAGAGGACUGCAUGGAGGCCUUCGGCAUGUCUGCCCGACGUGCCCGAGACAUGUCACCCUCCAGCGCCCACCGGGUGCUCUGCACCGAGGAGUACUCACGCUGGGCAGGGUCCAAGAAAGAGAAGCAUGUGCGCUUUGAGGUAAGGGACCGCUUUGCCAUCUUUGCCGGCCCUGACCUGCGUAACAUGGACAACCUGUACACGAGGAUGGAGAGCGCCAAGGGCCUCAAGGAGUUCUUCACCUUCACUGACCUGCGCAUGCGCCUGCUGCGUCCUGCGCUGGGUGGCACCUACGUGCAGCGAGAGAACCUCUACAAGUACUUCUAUGCCAUCUCCAAUAUCGAAGUCAUUGGCAGGUGUAAGUGCAACCUGCAUGCCAACCUGUGCACAGUGCGAGAGGGCAGCCUGCAGUGUGAGUGUGAACACAACACCACGGGCCCCGACUGUGGCAGGUGCAAGAAGAACUUCCGCACACGCGCCUGGCGAGCUGGCUCCUACCUGCCGCUGCCCCACGGCUCUCCCAAUGCCUGUGCGGCCGCGGGCUCCGCCUUUGGCAGUCAGACCAAGCCACCUACUAUGGCCCCCCUUGGGGACAGCUCCUUCUGGCCCCAGGUGUCCUCCAGUGCAGAAGCUGUAGCUAUCUCUGUCGCUGUCCCUUCCCAAGCCAAGGACUCUACGCUUUUCGAGCUCAAGCCCAGAUCUCCUCAGGUGAUACCCAUUGAAGAAUUUCAAGACUGCGAGUGCUACGGCCACUCCAACCGUUGCAGCUACAUUGACUUCCUGAACGUGGUGACCUGCGUCAGCUGUAAACACAACACUCGAGGCCAACACUGUCAGCACUGCCGCCUGGGCUACUAUCGCAAUGGCUCCGCAGAGCUGGAUGAUGAGAACGUCUGCAUUGAAUGUAACUGUAACCAGAUCGGCUCUGUGCACGAUCGAUGCAAUGAGACAGGCUUCUGCGAGUGCAGGGAGGGCGCAGUGGGGCCCAAGUGCGACGACUGCCUUCCUACACACUACUGGCGCCAAGGAUGCUAUCCCAAUGUGUGCGACGAUGACCAGCUGCUCUGCCAGAAUGGCGGCACCUGCCAGCAGAACCAACGCUGCGCCUGCCCGCCCGGCUACACCGGCAUUCGCUGUGAGCAGCCCCGCUGUGACCUCGCCGACGACGCUGGCCCGGACUGUGACCGCGCGCCAGGCAUCGUCCCGCGCCCCGACACCCUGCUCGGAUGCCUGCUGCUGCUCGGGCUGGCCGCCCGUCUGGCCUGCUGAGCCCGUUCUAAGGGUCCAGGGGUCCCUGGCCCGGCGGCGACACGGGUGCGGCCGAGCUGCUCCCAGGUGCUACUCGCAGAGUCCUCCCGCCCUCC